CUGUGGGAUAAUGGCCACAGACAAACUGGAUGCAUACACAGGAGGUUUGUACUCUGAAUACCAGGAGGAACCCUUCAUCAACCACAUCGUGUCUGUGGCUGGAUGGGGCGUGGAGGACGGUGUUGAGUACUGGGUGGUCCGCAACUCCUGGGGAGAGCCAUGGGGUGAGAGGGGCUGGCUCAGGAUCGUGACGAGCGCCUACAAAGGAGGAAGUGGCAGCAAGUACAACCUGGCGGUGGAGGAGGACUGCAUGUACGGAGACCCCAUCGUCCCUAAAGGCUACCUGUAGACCAUAAAUCUGGUUCUGUUCAGUCUUCCAAUCAAGCGGUGAAAUGGGGCUUUUUAUAAUGUUUUAAAGGGAAUAAGUUCAGCUUUUACUUUGUGUUUUUUAAGGAAAAUUAUCUUUGACUAUGAUGCAGAGGUCUGCAGCCUGUUAAACAGUCCAGAGAUUUUAAAUGCUCUUAUCAGUGACGCAUGUUGGCACCAAACCUUUUGUCUUUAAGACAGUUAGCCACUGCUCGGUGAAAAGCUUUUUAUAUUCAAAUUUUUUUGUAAAUGAAAUGUCGACAACCAAAGCCAGCACUGACAAUGUUUGAUUCAGCACUACAGUGUUAAAGAGGAAAAACAAAACGAUGUGCCUUAUUUACACUAAGCACUUAAUGUUGAGCUUAGAUGAAUGCCUUUUGUUUUUAUGUACAAACUGCACACAUUGAAUUGAAACUGAAGAUUUUUUUKAUUUCAAACUAUGCCAAUAAAGUUUGUGGCGCAA